AACAAUGGCCAAGUAGUUUAAGUGGAAGGAAAAAGACACACACACAAACAGUCACACUUCACAAAAACAGUAGCUAUGGUGGUUAAUAUCUGUAUUCCUUUGUUUUGUCUCCUCUUUAUACACAUAUUUAGUCACAUUAUUCCCACAAAUUCCCUUAAAAAUUCAGCAACACCACCACCCUUACCAAUCCUUCCACUCCCUUCAUACUCCCAACUAAAAUGGCAACAAAGAGAAAUCAUCAUGUUCUUCCACUUUGGUGUCAACACAUUCACAGACUCCGAAUGGGGUACCGGAAAAGAAUCCCCGUCUAUUUUCAACCCGACCCGUCUGAACCCGGACCAGUGGUUCAGGGUCGCAGCUGAAGCGGGUAUUUCGUUAGCUAUUCUUACAGCAAAACACCAUGACGGGUUCUGUUUAUGGCCGUCUAAAUACACUGACCAUUCUGUUGCUAAGAGUCCUUGGAAAGACGGUCAUGGGGACGUUGUUCAGGAGUUUGUUAGUGCAGCAAAGAGGAAUGGAAUUGAUGCAGGGUUGUAUCUUUCUCCUUGGGAUAGACAUGAUAAGAGAUAUGGUAAUGAGAAGAAGUAUAAUGAGUACUACCUUGCUCAAUUACAAGAGCUUCUAACCAGAUAUGGAGGUAUAAGAGAGAUAUGGUUUGAUGGAGCUAAAGGUUCAAACGCACCAAACAUGUCCUAUUAUUUUUGGGAUUGGUUUGCCAUGGUUAAAGAGCUUCAAAGUUCAAUAAACAUAUUUUCCGAUGCCGGACCUGACGUCAGAUGGGUGGGAAACGAAAAAGGAUUUGCUGGUAACACUUGCUGGUCUACUGUUAACAGGACAUCAAUGUCAAUUGGCAAUGCAAGCAUUGUUGAAUAUCUAAACACUGGAGAUCCUAAAGGAACAGACUGGUUACCACCAGAAUGCGACGUUUCAAUUCGACCAGGAUGGUUUUGGCAUAAAUCUGAAGAGCCAAAGAAACUAAGUGAACUUCUACAAAUAUACUACAAUUCUGUAGGAAGAAACUGUGUGUUAUUACUAAAUGUGCCACCAAACUCAAACGGCCUCAUCUCCGAAAAUGACAGCAAACGGUUAACAGAGUUCAGGAACGCGAUCAACACAAUUUUCACCCAUAAUUUAGCAGAGAAUUGCUUAGUAAAAGCAAGUAGCCAAAGGGGAGGAAAAGGGAGUGGUUUCGGGCCAGAAAACGUGCUUGACCCGGACCACUUAUGGACUUACUGGGCUCCUAAUGAAGAUGAUAAGAAAGACAAAUGGAUUGAGAUAAGAUUGGGUAAUCAAGGGCUGAGAUUUAAUGUGAUUAUGAUCCAAGAAGCAAUCGGGCUGGGUCAGAGGAUCCAACGGCACGAGAUAUAUGUGGAUGGAAAACGGGUUGUAAGUGGUACAACAGUAGGGUAUAAGAGGCUUCAUUGGUUAGGUGUUGAGGGUGUAUAUGCUAAAAGAGUGAAGAUUAAGGUAGUUAAGUCACGGGAUUUGCCUUUAAUUUCUUCUGCUGGGUUGUAUUUUGACCCUUAUUUGCACCCAAAUGAGAGUUGAAAGAAAACAAAAUUUAUGUGACUUCUUCUUGGAUUAGGUGAAUAAUGACAAUAUAAAGUAUCGAAUGUUUUAUAUAAGCCAACAAACUUAGUGGGGAGCUUUGUUUUACUCAUCAUUUCUGACUUGUUUUUUUGUAAUUAUGCAGAUAAUAAUAAAAUUUGGGUUUAGG